ACUGUAAUUUCUCCCUAUCUUUGAACGGAAGUUCGUAGGUGAAAAGCUAAACACGCUGCUCCACAUGUGGGGUUGUUUUGUGAAGAAAUUUUGCUAUGAAUAGAAAUAAACUGCUGUGAGAUGGGGAAGGUUAAAAAGAACAACACCAACGAGUCGGGAAAACAAGCAGUCAAGACUGGACAACGUGCAGGGUAAGUUGAAGAAGCUGUGAUACAGAGCACUGCUAAGUAUCUUGUUAGCUACAGAAGCUAACCAGCCUAAAGGAGACCCACUCUGUUUACAUAUUCCUCCCAACGAGACAACUUAACCGAAUUUUUACAGAGCCGCUGAAGUCAAGUGUUUACCAAAGUUAAAGGUAUGUUCCAGCGUAAAAUUAAGUUUGGGUCAAUCAACUUUAGUAACGACCACAGAAUAGCAAUUCAGAGCCACGCGCUCAACCAAAAAACCACAAAUGAUGCUCAGAACAGCACCUAACUUCAUCAACAGUACAUAUAGGGUCCCAGCCAUAGUAGUAGCCACCAAACAUAUUUUUACCUUUGCUUAAUUUCUUUAGCUAAACACAACUCACCUACUCUCUCCGGAGACCCCCGGGCGAGUCCAUCGAUUACAGCGGGGUGACGCAGCUCAAGGAAGAACAUUUAUAAUAAUUUCUUUAUCAUUUCCUUGAAGUAAUAAUCACCGUAUUAAUCAUUUCGCGCUGCAGACGCUGUAGUUCUUUUGCCUUAGCGUCUCGGUCUGAUUGAAUUUCCAUGAAGAAAUUAUCAUAAAUGUUCUUCCUCGAGUUGCGUCACCCCGCCGUAGUCGAUGGACUCGCCCAUGGGUCUCCGUACAAACAAGCGGCUGCUUGAAGAGAGUAGGUGAGUCGUGUUUAGUCUUAGAGCCCAAGCCUCAACGGGGCCCUAAGCAAUAUUACAUUCUGUGGCCCUCUGUUUUUGCCAAUAAUAUUGAUUGUUGAUCAUUCACACACCUACUACAGUAUAAAUUUAAUACGCCUGACUUGUCUUUACGCUUUUAAGGGGGUGGCCUAGGUAACAACAUAAAUAAUACCAAUGAAACCAUACAAUACCAAUGAAUGAUGUUCAGGGUACCACAUAUGGUUUUUAAUCUCAAAAUGUAACACAUUAAGGAUGCUCAGUGCACAUUGCACAGCAGAAGGCACAUAGCGGUAGCGAAGCUUUGACAUAUCGGCAUUAAGAAUCAUAGGCGUACAUCAGCAGCAGCACUAAAAUAUUUUUAUUUUAUUUUAUUUUUACAAUAAUAUAUAUUUGAUCAUACAGAAAGCAUCACUCAUAGAUGCAAAAAAAUAUAUAUAUUUUUUUUAAAUUGCUCUUGGCGGCCCUCUGCUGGCCACUUAGUUUGCUUAUGCCUUGGUUGUCAAGAUUAAUCUCUCGAGGGGUUGUCUAACUCAGUGUUACGGUGUGUUUGACCCUAACUUAAUUUUAUGCCGGAUUAUCCCUUUAACAUUUCCAUGAUAUCUGUUUUUAAACCCCAGAGAUAAGAAGCUCAAACGAGAUGGGAACCCUAGCAAAGCCAAAGAAGACCACCUCCAACACAUCCCAUUCAGGCUCCGAGAGAUCAUGAAGAGCAAGGACAGAAUGAAGAGGGGGCCAAAGAAGGCAAAAAAGCAACAAACAGGUGAGUACUGCACCUUUGUAAUCCCCGAUCUAUUCACAGUUAAAUCACAUGAAAAGAAAUUAACUUCUAUUUAUUUAUCUUAAGCCGUUUUCCAUAAAGGCAAAGCCGGGGAUCCCCAGGUUGAAGACAUACCUGUCCCACAUUUCAAGAGGGGGAAGAAGGAGACUGUUGGAGCCUAUAUGAGGAGGAUGGAAAACGAGACAAAACACGUCCUGUUCCUCACCAAGAACCAAGUGGAGAGGAAGCCUGAGCUUGAGGUAGACCAACAAGAAAAGCCUGCAGACAAGAGCAAGUCUGAGAAGAAGAAGGAGUGAGUAUUUAUGAGAUCUGUAAAGCAGUUUCACUUCAAACUGAUGUUAUUUAUCUCUUUAUGAACUCAGUUUAUUCAACCUUUAUUCCUCUCCUGCUGCAGGUAUGAUAAAGUCAGAAUACAGAAGCUACAGCUGAAGAAGUUGGACAGACAGGAGGACAUCAUGGAAAAAGAGAUGUUCGUCGGUAAGGAGUAUAAGUUAUCCCGCAUUAAAAGAAAUAUAAGCGAGUAUCCAUCCUCUUUGAUUGAGUACAACAUGCAUUUGUAAUUGUUUUAGGUGAAUUUAAUAUAAUUUUGAGGAAGGCUGGACACUGACUGUUCUUGUACUGAUAGAGAGUUAUGAUAUAUGCCUAUCUGGUGAACAUAAUAAGGCUAAAUAAUCAAACUGAUGUGAUUGGUUUGUUUUAUAGAUGAUGUUCCUUUUGGAGAGGUCGCAAUGGCCCCGCCAUCUUUGAGCACCAAACCCAAGAAAGCUCCAGUCAAGACUCAGGUACUCUUCUGUGCACCUCUUUAUGUUUGUGAUCUGAGUUGACCGAACAGCAGGUUCACUUUCUCUCUGCUCUGCUUCCAGGCAUCAAAAACGCUGCUCCUGAACUCCCUCUUGGGCCACAGCCCGAUCUCCACAGCCAAGCCCUCCAUGGCCCGUCAGCGAAUCAUGGAGGAGGAGAGGCAGCGAGCAGUGGAGGCUUAUCGCCAUCUUAAGAAACAGAGACAGCUGCAGCACGAGGCCAAGGCUGCCGGUCUGGAAAAACUCAAGAACCCUGAGUGAUUUCCUCAGGUCAAAAACUGAGAGGAAUGAUCCGGUAACCUCCAGCAGACUGACUGGAUGCAUUAUGUAACCCCGGAGCUGGUGUGUUUGCAGAAGAGCUCACCACAGUAUAGCUUACCUAUGGGCAAAUGAGCAAACAUUUGCAUCCACAGGCCACACUCUGAGGUAAGACAGAGUCAUGUGAUUGUCUCCUGUGGUGCCACUAGAUGGCAGUCCUCAUGCAGAAAGCUGGUUUCACGGUUUUCUAUCAGAACAUUUUGGACUUUUUUAAAGUGAAAAUGUUUUAAUUACAUUCAGUGCCAGACUGUACGUAUAAAAUAUGACUUUAUUUACAUCUUAGUGGGGAAAAAGUUUGUGUGUAGGAAUAAGAGAAUAAAGGAAAGAGAGUUGUCCUACCAUGGAGGUUUUUUUGACUGAUUUCUGAAGCAGAGAUAUUUGUUAUAGAUUUGCAGGUUUUCAAUUUCAGUUCUGUCUUGACUCGACCAGCUUAAAAGAUGAAGGCGAAGCACUCCUACUUUUCAGCUUUCAUGGAGUUUUUCAGGAUAUUACAACAUACGCAGACAUGUUUCCCAAGAGCUGUUUUCAUUGUCAGCAGCUGACUUUUCAUGUUUUUAACUUAGGGAUUAUAGUUGAACAAGAGUUUAACAAAAGUUAAAACGCUGUUUUUCUCUGUAUGCCUGGAGUUCUAGGAUAAAUAAAUCACAUCAGCCUUUUCAAUGCGUAGCACUUAUUGGAGCCUGGCACAGCUAAUUACUUUUUGUAAUCCUUAAAAGGUUUACUUUCAUGAACAAGGCCUUUGUUGAAAUACUGGCUUCUGGGACAAACUGUGCAAAUACAAGUAUUGAUAACAUCCA